AUGCAGUCCUGGUCCGGCUCCGGCCAGAAUGGCGCAAAUGACGGGCAUAAUUCCUGGCAGUCCGGCUACACAUAUCAAAACCAAGGCAACCAGUUCGAUCCGAACCAGGCCUGGUCACAGCCGGCAACUGAGCAGACUUCAUACUCGCAUUUAAAUCAGCAGGAUCCAUCCACGUCCAACUUCUUUGAAGCGUCCCACCAGGGAAAUGCAUUUCUUGCCGGAGGCCUUCACUCCGCCGCCUCCAGCCAAGCCCCGUUCCAUGCUGGCCAUGGCGCUCUUUCUUUGAACCAACAGUACUCGCAGCCGAGCCAAGAUGUGAUGGAUCCUGCCUUCAGUAAUAUUCACCCUGAUCUAUAUGGGCACCAGCCAAAGGUCAACCUGGGCGGAGAUGGAAUUGGCCACAUGGGACAGGUUCAGAGCCACCCGCACACGUCAUCUCAGUUCACGCAACAUGAGUUUGCCUUUGCUCCCCAGAAUGAGCAGCUGUACGAUGCGGCUGUCCCGUUCAACCGCCAGCCUCAGCAAGUAUCCCAGCCAACUCGUCAAGGAAGCCACACUCCCGUCCAGCAGUUUGACAACUUGCAAGGCGGAUAUCCCCAGGGCCAUCAGUUCAGGCAGGCACCACAGUCAGUGCCGGUUCAACACCAACAACAGCAGCCAUAUCACCAGGGACAGCCCUUCCCGGCUGCUGUUGGUGGACAGGGUGACCAAUACCAGCUGAAUAAUAACAUGGUCUAUCAGCAGCCAAAUCCUCAGUAUAACUCGCAGCAAGGAUACGCACCUCAAAAGUCAAAUUCAUAUGCUACACCCCCUCAGGGCACGCCCGUACAGCAACCGGCGCAGCCGCUUCAGCAGCCUUCCGCAGCAUCCUCCAGCCAUCCGACGCUGGCGACGAAUGCCAGUGCUGCGCCAGGUAUACAAUAUGGGGUAUCCCAGCAGCCGAUUAAUAGCGGCAUCGCAGCCACCUCUGCUGGGGCUCCUUCCAUCGCCCAAUCCGUGAUGGAUGGCGCGCCAAAGAAAAGGAAGCGCAUGACGAAGAGCGCUGCCGAGCCGAUAGUUCUGGAGCAGCCGGCAUAUCCCAUGGAUUUCCCAGUUGAUGCUGUUGCAAGAAGAGGCGAAGAGUUCGAAUUCCUGCCCGUUCCUGUACCGUCAGAGGAAGAGGCGCAACUCAUCGCCCAGUUUGCGAAGCGGAACAAGGCUGCACAGAUCAAAUAUCCUUCGAUUAAUGGACUUCCACACCUAGUUUACGAUGGGACUAUCAAAAUUCCAGGUACGAAGCUGCCAAGCACCAUAAGCUCUCUUCCUCCUUGUCUCUCACGUGUAGCUAACAUCCUUUUCCUUCACACAGCACCCAAGAGCUAUGACAAGUUGACUCCCUGCAUUGCGCUGCCGCCACGCCACGACGGUCCCGCGAUCCCCGAGCUUGGAUACCUGCCCUGCGAGAUUCAAGGCAAAUUUAGUAUUCAAUAUCGGCCGUCUGCAGAAAAGGGCGGUUUGGACGAACGACGAGACGAAGCAAGCCAGUUACUGGAUGAAUAUGAUGGCUCUAUGAUGGCUCUCGGUAAACGCAGACCAAAGUACACGGAGUAUCCACAUGCUUUUAAGGAACAGUUGAAAUCUGACGAAGCUUCGAAGAAUAAGGCGGAAAAGAAGGCUAAGAAGGAACAGGAGGAUGACCGAGCGAAGCCGAUCCGUUCACCCAUCCGCCCAACUGAUCCUGCCGAAGCCGCUGCCUGGGAUGCCAUUGGAAUUGUCCAUAUUGAGGCCUCGGUUGCUCGUACAAAUGCUCUCAUCGCUGGAAGAGUUCAGCAAGCGGGCGAGUUCUUUAUCAAGCUCCGCGGCGAAAUGAACAAGGCCAGGUUGGACGUGGACGCUGCUGUUAGGAACAAGGUGCCGGAUGCCGAACUUGCAGAGCUCAAGAACCAAGCAGAGCAGAAGAAGGAGGCCUUCUACCGCGCUCUGGAUGUCACCAUUGAGCAUGCCGACGACAGCGUCUUGGAUAACCUAGGAGGUCACCAGAAAUUGGUUCUCAGUCUUGUCAACGCCAUGAUUUCGUCAAUCAAGGCAGGCGACUUCUCCGGGAAGCUCCCCAAGGCAUUACUGGAAAUUUUUACUCAUUUCCGCAUGACAAAGAAGAUUGCCGAGACGACGAAUUUUGAAACGGUUAGAAAAAGGUUCGAAGACAAGGGCGAUGAUGAGGUCAAGGAGAUGGCACGCGAAAUCGCCGCGAAUAUGAGAAAGGUCACCAAAGCUGCAGAGUCAGAGACGGCCACGGGAUACACCGGAACCUCUGCAGCUAGCAGGGCUAAAGCUGGCGUCAAGCCAUCUACAGAGGCUCCUUCAGGCAAGCGAGGUCGAGACGACGACAUAGACUCUCGGACCGUGAAAAAGAUUGCCGUGGAGCCCGGCAACAGCUCUCUCAGCAAGAAGCUGGCCCAGCCAAAGAUUCACCCGCCAGCCGCAUCGAAAAUCAUUCCACCCAAGGCGCCCUCGUCGAUACUACCUGGUAAAGCACGACCUGUACCAAAACCGGUGGUCAAGUCAGAGGCAGACAGUCCAUCUGCGUCUAGUGAUGAUAAGAGCAAGAUAGACGUCAAGAAAGCGGUGGCAAAGACGGAAGCUGGCAAGCCGGCUGUUAACAAAGUGGAAGCCAAGCCUCUCGCCCAAAAGGCAUCUUCGACACAAAGCGCCAGCGCCCUGUCGGGAAUCGCUUCUCUGCUCGACUCCAUCAACGCUCCUAAAGCGACAGAAGCUCUUGUCUCGGUGGUAAGAGAGACUAGGGAGUCUGAUACACCAGAAGCGCCCGAAGAAAAAGCCAAACGACUCCGUAAAGAGGCUCGUCGAAAGCUUAGGGUCAGCUGGAAGCCUGAAUCAGAGCUUGUGCAAGUCAAAAUUUUCCACAAAGACGACGAAGAAGAUGAGGGCAGGGAGAGUAACAUGAUCCGAGACGCAGCUGAUGACCGCUCCGAGGGUAUGGUUCUAAAACAGCGCGCAAACGUGGAAGAGGACGAAGAUGACGACGACAUUCCUUACCAGCCCUGGUUGGGACCGAUCGAGAUGGACUUUUCAGUACUGGCCGACGACGUACGGGGUAAGAACUACGUUACGCGUGGCGGCACUGUGACUUUCACAACCGAUGAGCAGCAACGAAUCGCAGAGAGGGAACAGAGAGAGCUCAUGGCCAUCUACACCGACAUUGAUGAUAUUCCUCCAACGCCUAAGUCCCCUAUUCCGGAGACGGCAACUACGAAUCCCGAAGCCAAGACUGGCUAUCUUCCCCGAGAAGAUGCCAAGUAUGAAGAAAUCCAGCUUAGAUGGCGAGAUGAACAGCAGUACGGACUCGAUGAGGCGCUACGCUCUGCUAUGAAGCGGCUCGACGCCAAAAAUAGUCCGUCUAACAAGCUUGACUCUAUUCUCGGCCGGCUUCAAGGAGGUGUAUCGUCGUCAUCUGCACCCUCCUCACAACUCGUAUCCUCCGUGCAAUCCCGACAGACGUAUCACCAGCUCCCGCUUCUCUUGGGCCCCCAAGCCGAGGCACUUGUACUUGCAGCGCUCGAGUCGGAUAAGACCAAGGCUUGGCGCGACACCAACCCUGUUCAAUACGGCGAUACUGUGCGUCCCUACAACUAUACCGACCCUACAGUACGACUCAAUGGAAAUGCGGUCGAGAAUGCUGCGAGGAGCUUGAUUAGCAAGCCGUUUCCCGCAACCGCACCACCAGACUGGCUUUCGUUUGAUCAAGAAAGGGUCAGGGAAUGGUGGUUUGGAUAUAACAAGGAAGUGGCGGUCAGACAGAAGAAAGGAGAAGAAGCACGGGCAAGAGCUGAAGCUGAAGCAAAUGCGCUUAAGAUUGCCGCCGCUACUGCUGCCGCCGCUGCCAAUCCCUCGAACAAUGUCCACGCUCAAGACUGGGCGGCGUCGCAGUUUACCCAGCAACAGAAUUACGCCCCGUACAUGGCACUGCUGCAACAGAUGACUGGCGGGCAGCAUCAAGCCGUUCCCCAAGUUCCAUCGACAGUAGCACCAGCGCCAUCCCAAAUCCCCGACGGCCAACUACAGUCGAUCCUCGCAGCCAUCAACCAGCCUCAACAAGCUGCGGCGAUGCAAGCUGCGAGCAUCACCAGCUACCUGAACCCAAACGACCCCUCGUACCAGCAGCUAAUGAUGCUCACUCAAAUGGCACAAGGCCAGCAGCCGCCUCCUCCCCCACCACCACCGCCAUCAUUUGGCCAUGGGGCGGAUCGAGAGAGGGAGCGAGAGCGAGAGCGAGAUUGGGAUCGAAACGAUAAUUCGAGAGGAGGCGAGAGAGGAGGCGAGCACGGAAAGGAGGGCAGGAAAAAGAAGGGCACGCUGCCACCCCAUAAGCCUGCUAACAAAGCUCUCAUAGGAACCAAGCCAUGCACUUUCUGGCAGCAAGGCAAGUGUGCUCGAGGUGAUAAGUGCACCUUUAGACACGGGUGA